AUGUCCGACACAGUGAAGAUGAUAUUGAGCUUCGCCUGUUGCAUGUCCUCAGCUGGUUUGUUCAUCUCACCCUUUCCCACCUUCCGUAAGAUUUUAGCAAACCGGUCUGUACAGCACUUUAGGGUGGAUCCAUACGUUGCAUCUAUGCUGAACUGUGCAUUCCUAAUCAUAUACGGCGUAGUCAAUUCGGACAACAAGCUCGUUAUAUUUGUCAACAGUGUUGGCCUUGGGUUUCAGAUUGCUUACCUACUCAUUUUCCUUUAUUACGCUGAUAUUAAGAAGAAGUUAGGCUAUUGGCUCGGUGCAGCAGUCGCCUUCUUCGCUGCAUAUUCACUGGUGUUCCUACUUGCCCUACAUGACCCCAAGAAGAAAAGAGUCGCCUUUGGAGUCAUUUCUACCGUGUUCCACAUCACCAUGUAUGGCUUUCCAUUGGUGAUCUUGAAAAAGGUAAUUGACACAGGUAGCGUCGAAUUUAUGCCACUUUAUCUCUCAGUGGGCCUCUUCGUCAAUAGUGCUGUGUGGCUGGGCUAUGCGGCAUUCCCUUUUGACAUUUAUCGCAUGAUUGGAAAUGGUUUUGGGGUGCUGCUCAGUCUCUUGCAGAUUCGGAUAUACUGCCACUAUAAGUCGAGUGACCCUGUCCUCCCUGGAGCUGUCAUCCUGGAGUAG